AUGGCACUCUCCCGCCUGUCCACGGCCGUGCUCUCCUGCCUGGCGCUGCUCGUCGCGUCGACGGCCGCGCACCGGACGCCGCCGACGGCUUUCGCCCCGUCGUCGUCGUCGUCGUCGCACUCGGUCCGGGGCCUGCCGGCACUGGCGGAGCGGCUGGAGGGCGCGGAGGCGCAGCAGUGCUGGGAGGCGCUGGUGGAGAUCAAGUCGUGCACGGGCGAGAUCAUCAUCCUCUUCAUCAAGGGCGAGGCGUUCCUGGGGCCCGGGUGCUGCCGCGCCAUCCGCGUCAUCGAGCAGAGCUGCUGGGCCGCCGACAACAUGCUGUCCAUCAUCGGCUUCACCCCGCAGGAAGGGGACAUGCUCAAGGGCUACUGCGACGCCGGCGACGACGGCAGCGGCGGCGGGCAGAGCGGCUCGUCGCCGCCGCCGCGCGGUGCGGACGCGGUCGGUGCUGCUGCUGCUGCUGCCCGCGAGAGCGUCGCUGCCGUCGCGGGAAGGAAGAGCUCGAUGCACCGUUAGAUGGCCGGAUCAUGAUGUGUUCGUUUGAUCGUUUCCACGUCCAAUCUUGCGGCUUCGUAUGCCAAAUAAUAAAUCGUCUCGAGAAAGUCUGGCUUUGUAGAGAUAAUAAUUAAUAUUGGUGUAUCAUUUUUACAGAAAGCAUCAGGUCGCGCUCGCGCGUUUGCUCCCUGAAA